CCACUGGAGCCGCUUGAAACUGUGGCUGGACGGGUGGCGGCCGGUUGUGCAUCGGGCCAUCGAAUCGCUGCCGCUUCGCCGGCGGCAUGUGCUGGGGCGGCGUAUGGUGAAGAUGCCGCUGUUGCUGUUGCUGUUGCUGUUGCUGCUGCUGCUGCUGCUGCUGUUGUUGCUGCUGCUGCUGGAGCAUCAUGUUUUGCAUCUGGCCCAUAUGCGGCGCGGGGUGCGGGAAGAACUGCUGGAGUUGCUGGGGCGUCUGCGGCGGCGGUUGUACGUAUGGGACGGGUACUUGAGGCACAUAAGGCUGGGCGUAGCCGGCGGUAGGCUGAUAUGGAUUGUAUCCUGGUUGCGGCGGGGGCGGUUGAGCUGGAACAUAAUGCUGCUGCUGCGGCGGUGGUUGCUGGCGCCAGUGAUUUCCCUGGUUCCCGUAACCGUAGUUGGCGUACAGAGCGCUCUGCUCAGCUGGAGGUCGCGCUGGCUGGGCAGCAGUCCAUUGCUGAUUGAAGGUACCGAUGGAUGGCGCGGGCGCUUGUUGCUGCUGAGACGCGUUCCAGUAUGAGUUGUAGUCCGGUUGACCUUGGACAGGCUGAGGCGGAGGUGGUCCUGGAGGCAGCGGUGGAGGGUACGCAGGUUGUUGAACGAACGAAUUUUUAUGCAUUGAUUUUGCCGCGGCUGUGCACAAACUUCCAGCAAACCAAGAUCCGAUUCCAGCACUGUGCUGAUAACGGGAUGUGCGAGGGCAGGCCAAAAAGAGGCCAAGAAAUCUGCCUGUAGCCGGAGCGAAGAGUGGGCGAACGCGCUGGCAGGUCCCAAAGAAGGCAAGAUUUUGGAGUGAUUAUUUGAUGGUGGACUAGCCUCGCGUUAUCUCAAUGUAGGGUCUGCGCAUCUUGAACGUUCUCAUUCCAAUUUUUCCGGUCACAAACUGCUACUCAAUUUGCGAAUAGUCAUACAACCAGUAAUCUAUGAUAUCGUCUGUGAACCCCAUUUACAAAUCCCCUCUCGGCGCACCUUAGAAUCCGGGGACAUUCAGUCGAGACUCGAAGAGAUGAAUCGUUCGGCUUACCUGAUAGGUCACCCGGGUGGCGCAUCGGCAACUCAACUGGAAAAUAUGUCUCUGUGCAACACAAACUUCUCGUGCGUGGGCCCUUGCGUUGCGGGCUUCGGGGUGAAUGAACCAGGGAGCGCGGGGGUCGGAGAUUUAGAAUCGUCGCCUUUAGCUUUGCCUUUGUCCUUCUCAUUGUUAUCGCCCUCCUUCCCCUUGUCCUUAUCCUUCUCCUGGUUCUUCUCUUUCUCCUCCUUCUCCUUGGCUGCUUUCCGUUUCUGUCGAUCUUCCCAGUCCGCUAUAGCCUUCCCGACAUCCUCUUGGCUGACUUCUGGCUUCGGUGUGGCAUCGGGGCUCUUCAACGGGUUCGCAAACCCGGGAUCCGAGAGAUGGACCUGCACAACGAGACUCCAUCGUAAACGCGGACCAGGCCAGGGUAAGAUCUCGGACCGGACAGAUGUAGAAAAAAUCGACGGUGUUGAUCGUGGCAAGAACAAUUGGGGUCGGUUUAUAGCAGACGAAGCAAGGUGAAGAGCGCUGGUCUUACUCGUUUGUAGUAUGAGUUGGCGAACGUCGCCAUCUUGAGACAGAGAGACUUGGAAGUGAAAUAACACCGAGAUGUCCGGACCGUCCGUGCCGAGCGGUCUGCCCCGAAUCAACCCGGAUCACCCAAGGUUAGCUCCAAGGGGAGGAGCGCGGGGUUACAUGAGUGCUCUGUAGAGGUCAAUGAUGAGGUGCUCGCUGUGGUUGGUCGGGAAAUAACGGGUCGGCAGCUGCACUCGGAUCAAGGACAGUCCGAUCGUGGGCUGGGCGACGAGCGUUCAUCGGAUUAUCUCUCGAUCGGUGUUCCGGCCAAACGUGGAUCAUACAUAAAACUCAGCGACCAAAUGCGAUUUAGUUACUCUAUCAUCGACUCUCCCACUCAUCACUCCAACCCUCUCAAACCGUAAACAUGAGUACCAUUACCUGCAAAGCUGCUGUGUGCUGGGCCGCAGGCGAAGAACUCAAGAUCGAGGACGUCCAGGUCGCUCCUCCUCAAGCGCACGAAGUCAGAAUUAAGAUACUGUACACUGGCAUCUGCCACACUGACGAGUAUACGCGCUCUGGACGCGAUCCCGAGGUGGCUCAUCUUCCAACUUCUCGUCAUCAUCGGGCACAGCUAAUUUACGCGAACAGGGUCGAGUCCGUGGGCGAGGGUGUGACCAACGUCGAAGUUGGGGAUCACGUCAUUCCUCUGUACACCGCAGAGUGCCGCGAAUGCAAAUUCUGCAAGAGUGGGAAAACGAACCUGUGCGGGAAAGUCCGUGCGACCCAGGGAAAGGGUCUCAUGCCCGACAACACCAGCCGCUUCUCGAUUAACGGGAAGCCGAUUCACCACUUCAUGGGGACGAGCACUUUCAGCCAGUACACCGUGGUGGCCGACGUGUCGGUCGUCGCUGUGGACAAGAAGGCACCUCUCGAGAAGGUUUGCCUUCUGGGAUGCGGUAUCACGACCGCUUGGGGUGCCGUGAUGAAGCAGCCUGGAAUUAAGGACUCGACGGUCGCUGUCUUUGGCUGCGGUGCUAUCGGUCUCGGUGUCAUUAACACGGCCGCCAUGGUCGGUGCCAGCCGUGUGAUCGCUAUCGACACCAACCCCCGCAAAGAGUCAUGGGCCAAGCGAUUCGGCGCCACAGACUUCGUCAACCCCAGCGAGCUCAAGGAGGGCGUUAAGAUCCAGGACCAUCUCAUCGAGAUGACUGACGGUGGUCUGGACUUCACCUUUGACUGCACCGGAAACGUCCAUGUGAUGAGAUCUGCUCUCGAGGCUUGCCACAAAGGAUGGGGUGUUUCGACUGUGAUCGGUGUUGCGGCUGCUGGCCAGGAAAUUUCGACGAGGCCAUUUCAACUUGUCACCGGCCGUACUUGGCGAGGAUCGGCUUUUGGUGGUGUGAAGGGUCGGACUGAGAUUCCGGGCCUGGUCGAAGAUUACCUCAAGGGCACAUUCAAGAUCGACGAAUAUGUCACCCACACCCGCACUCUUCCAGAGAUCACGGGCGGAUUCCACGACAUGCACCAGGGAGAAUGCAUCCGUUGUGUAGUCAACAUGCAGACCUAAGAUACUUUGUACAAAGAACCACGGUGCCAACCAAUAAACAUGUAGUAUUCUUCAUAUACAAAGCUAGACGGCGCGGUCGACCAUCGUCCUGGGAGGCUGCGAGCCUAUCACCGCUCGCCAGAGAACAAUCAAGGCAGCCCGCACUUCUCGUCGCCUAACGCCGCUCUUCCUCCACAGCGAACGGAAAAUCCACAGCACGCAAAACAAGAACGAGACGUCCAGAGUCAACCGCCGCACGAUAGCCAUCCCCGGCGUCCGGUUCUCGUCCCGGGCAAAGAACUGAGUCAAGGCACGCCCGACUUCCAGUCCACGCGACACGGGGCUGACCAGCAGGGACCACAUCCCCAGGUCGUCCAGAUCCAGCUCCGGGUCAUUGCGCCUCCCUCUCGGCGAGCCUUGGUCCGAGUGGCUUGCGCGUGGGCUGACGCUGAGACGGGACUGAGACAGCCGUCCCGACGUCAAUUCAAG